ACUUUAACGGAUGCGGACGGUCUGGAAACGGAUGUUUUGAGGUCUCUAUUAAAAGCGAAUUUUUCUAUUGAAGAACAACUAAAAAAAAAUACAAGGAAAUUAAUUUUCAAUCAGAAAAAAAGAAAAACACGAAAACGAAGUCAAAAAUAAGAAAAUUAAAAAAAUAUUAAAUUUUUGAAACGAAAAAAAAUAACGAAAAAUUGUCAAAUAAAAAAAUAAAUUUAAAAAUUCGAAAUUAAAAAAUAGAAUCAAUUGUUCAAUCUUAAAGUGUAAACGAAUUUUAACUUAACAACAACAAAAACAACAACCACGACGUUUGUUGUACAUCAAACACCUUGCGAGGUGAUAAGGUGAACCAAAUAAAAGAUCGGGAUAACAAAAAUAAACAAAUGUUAAUGGCUGUCAUUAGCCAGAUUGACUGGGAGUGCGUACCAACCGGCAACACGUAAAAAAAGAGCAACAACAACAAAAACCAAAAAAAAACAAGUGACAUUUAAAUUUGUAACUUUACAAGGCAGAACGCAGAACGGGCCAUUUAAAACGGAAAAUGUAAACGUAAAGAAGAAGUUGUAAAACAUAAAUCGAUUUAAAACAGAACGUGAAAAAAAUAAAUUUAAAGAAAAAAACCUAGGGAAAUUCGAGGAAAAGCUACAAAUCACAAAAUUGAAAUUGAGUGAAAUUUACAAUCAACAGCAAAGCAAUAAAUUCCUUUGGCAGAAAAUUUGAAGACCCUGCUCUAGGAAAAUCCUCCCUUCAAUUUCCCAAUUAUUUUUUGUUCUCUCCUUUUUUCAAAAAAACACGUCAUGAAAAAACCUCCCGCCCUGAAAAUGUCCACAAUGCAAUUACUUCUCCUCCUGGUUUGCCUCCUACCCUGCUGGGUGCUGGCGGCUCCCUCUGCCCUGGAUGGCGGCAAUUAUUUCACCGCCAAUGGUGGUUAUGUUUCGAGUCCUUCCAUUUAUUCGUACACAAUUGAAAAUCAAUUGCCGCAAGUGAAUCAAAGCCAACAACAGCAGCAACGGGAAGUGCCAUAUUAUCAAUCGGCCGUGAAUACACGUAACUUGUAUUAUACCUCGUCGAAUAAUAAUAACAACAAUAAUCGGGAUAUAAACUCGGCACCGCCAUCAACUCCGGCGUUGGGCUCAGCCCCCACCCAAUCAGCUCCUGUCAGCGACUGCACCGUCGAUCGUUUGGCAAUCUACAAAGUUGUCCUGCACACCUAUUGGACUAGGGACUUAUUUCCCAAACACUAUCCCGACUGGCGGCCCACAGCACAAUGGACUAAGACAAUAGGACGUACACACGACGCCAAAUACGCCUUGUAUCACAUCGGCCAACAGGCCACAUCCGGUGUUAAACAAUUUGCCGAAACGGGCAAAAGCGAAAUAUUGGAUACGCCAUUAGGUGAGCAACAACAACUGCAAUUACAACAACAAAAAGUCCAAGUGGAGAAAUCAUCAACAUCUAGUUCGACGGCCACAACGACGACAUCGUCGUCGUCGACCACCACCACAACAACAACACGCAACAAUCAUAACACGCUGGCCGCCGGCUCUGGCGAGCGUAACAUUUUCGAUGAAUUCAAUUUACCAGCCAUCAGCCAGGGUGCGGGACGCAGUGAAGCGAAAUUCUUUGUCGACAGCAAUCACAGUUUGGUGUCAUUAAUGACACGCAUCGUACCCUCGCCCGAUUGGUUCAUAGGGGUCGAUUCGUUUCAGCUCUGCGUCGGCGGCUCCUGGAUAGAUACGGUCACCGUUGAAAUGGACCCCCUGGAUGCCGGUACGGACAAUGGCUUUACCUUCACCGCUCCCAAUUGGCCGACAUCGCCGCAGGGUGUUAUCUAUCGUAUCACAUCGCGUUAUCCCGCACAUCCGGCUGGUAGUUUUUUCUAUCCGAAAAGUAAACGUUUGCCGCCCAUGGCGACGUUUCAAUUUAUCAAGCUCAAAGAAUACGAACUAAGUGAAGUUUUCAACUUCGCCGAAGAUGACCGAAAAUACGAGACCGUCAAGACGCAAACGCAUCUGGAAAUGGAACACAAUCAUGUCGAAAUGAAUAACGAACUGUCGGCGAGUAUAGAACGGGAGAGGCAAAACGAGAUUGGGCCGGCACAGCCGACAAGGGCAUCGGAAAGAGAUCGCAUACGAUCGAAGCUGUUGGAGAAAAUGAAUCCAAUGAACAACAAUUCCCAGCCCUACAAUGUGGUGCCGAAAAACGAUAAAAAUGCCAUUAUGCAAAAUAUUGCCAACAGCUAUAGACGCUCUGAUUUAUCAGCAUCACCCGCAUCAUCAUCAGCAUCGUCAUCAGGAAAUCAGGCACCGUCCCUGGCCUCCUCCUCAUCUUCAGCCAACACCUAUACGGCCACAAAUCGUCGACGCCGCACGAAACGUCCACGCGAUUGUCGUGUUAGCCACUGGUCAGAGUGGUCUGCCUGCAGCAAGACAUGCGGUAUUGGUGAAAUGCAUCGAUACCGGCGCAUCAUCAAACAUGGCAAACGGGGUGGAAGGCCAUGUCCGCCAUUGAAGGAGUCGAAAUGGUGUGGCUCGGAAAAGGGUUGCCAUUCACCAGAGACCUAUUUUAAUUGGUCUGAUACAUGAAUCUAAACGAGAUAACCAACCGUAUAAAACCUCUUUCAAAAAGGCGUAUUAUUUUUGAUUUUAUUAUGAUUUUUUUUUUAAUAAAAACUAAAAACUCUCCAGACAAACAAACUCACACACACACCAACACAGAAUAAGUAUAAAUAAGUAACAGUCCCAAACAAAAGAGAGAAAAAAAAAAAAACGAGAGAAAAAAAUCCAUCCCUUUUUUAGAAAACCCACACACAAAGAGAAAUAUUAAAAAAUACUAUAUAUAGAGAAAACAAAACUCAAACACAAUUGUAUUAAUUUAAACUACAACAAAAAAUUUACAUAUUAAAAAAUAAUAAAUAAAAAACAUAGAUUUUAGGAUAUGAAAAAUAAAAUGGAAAUACUCAAAAACCUACACACACAGAGACACCAAAUACAGUGGGCUCUUUUUACAAAAAUUCAGUGAAGCCAUAAUUCCACAUGAAAGCUAAUAUUCCUUAGGAAAAGGUCCCCACUGUAUUUUGGCCAAAAAAAGGAUGCAUAAGUCAAACAUGUAAAUCAUAUUUGUUUGAAAUGUAGCAACAAAAACGAACCAAAUAAAUUGUGGCAAGGAAGCAAAUAAAAGGUUUUAAACGAUUUUUUUUGGGCAAAAAUUUAGCAAAGCGCAUAAACUGAAAAGUGUUUUUUUCUAUGUUCCAAAAUAAAUUCAUUUAAUUUUUAUUUGAAAAAAAAAUGAAAACAGAAGAAUUUUAUUUUAAAACACUUGGAAAACCAGAAAAAAUUCAACAGCAACAACAUAAACAUAAUACCCUGGACAAUAUAAAUAAAUCACUUAAUUAAAUCCGAAAAAAAAAACAUGCAAUUGACUAUUUGGCAACUAAUUUCCAUUAAGUACUUAAGACUUAUUUUUUUCAACACAGAGGGACCUCUAUGAAAUGAAAAUUAAAAAAAAAAAUAAUUUAAUAUUUUUCAAUAUUUGUGAAAAAAUACAACUCACUUCUUAAAAAUAUUGGGCUUAACUCUGGUUUAGUAAAAACUCUUCAAUUUGUAGAUAUUUUUUUCCAGUGGUAGGUAUUUUUACCCUGAUCCCGGGAAACUAUAAUUUUUUCUUUCUUGGGGGAUUGACCCGGGACCACGGAUUUUUGACCCGACUAGACCCGGAUUCAACCACCCGAUAUAAAGUUAUCGUUGGAAAGCUUAUGAAAAUACCUAUCCAACAAGUGGUCACAUGAGUGGUCACACUUCGAAAGUUAUAGUAAAAUAUUCAAUUUUUUUGGUCCCGGAUUUUUUUAUAAAACCCCCAAAAUGUCGAAAAAGGGGCCAUUAAGGGGGUCAAACAAAUUGUGGCCAAAUUAUUGCUGACCCUCUUACCUUUCCCCGGAGUCAUGGUAAAAGUAUCUACCUCUAGAAAAAGUUUCGAAAAAAUCGAAGAGUUUUUACUAAACUAGAGUUGUUUCAAAUAUUGUAUCCAAGGGAGGUGUUCUUUUAAUAUAUUUCAAUAUUUGUGAGGGGUCCCACUGUAUUUAAAUCCAUUCUUAUGAAGAGAUAAACAAACUUGGCUCGAUUAUCAUUAUUGUUAUCCAUUCCCGGUGAGUGGCGUUGCCAACUGCUGAAAUUGCAUUGUGUUUGGCAAAGCGUUGUUGAAGAAGGGCUAAGUAGGUCGACUUACGUCUUAUCAAACUUCUUGAUAUUGGAAUGCCAAAAAAUCGAUCUUCAAGUGCGUUAACAGUUUUGAAGGCUUAAACUAAGGGGAAUGCAAUAAAAUAAACAAAAACGAUUUAGGGAAAAAUCCAAAAUGGAGUCAAUUGAUUUUAAAAAUAAAUAUUACUUCACUUUGGUGAUCGUCUGCAAAAAACUAUGGUAACCUCCAAUGUAUUAGCCAUGGUAGAAGAAUACAGGUAGUCGCAUUGUCACAGCUGCUGGGACAAUGAACUGUCAAACCGAUUUUGGAAUUGAAAAUGUUGAAUGAACAAAUUAUUAAAAUUUGUAAAAAUUGUUAAAAAAAAAAACGCGAAUUAUAAUAACAUCCGAAUGACGUCGUAUAAGAAAACAUAUACGAAUAUACUUAUAUUUGAAAAAAAUUUAAAAUUUUUUGACAUAUCAAUGUUACCAAGCGUUGAUGCAUCUACCUGUAUUCUUCUACCAUGCUCCAAUGUAUUAGCCAUGGUAGAAGAAUACAGGUAGUCACAGUGUCACAAUGAACUGUCAUUGUCCCAGCAGCUGAGACAAUGCGACCGAUUUUGAAAUUGAAAAUGUUGAAUGAAAAAUUAUUAAAAUUUUUAAGAUUCGUUAAUUGACAAAAAUCAACUAGGAUGGUAAUGCAUAAUCGAGUCAAAUAAUUUGAAAUAUGAUAUUUUUUCAUUCUUCCUAAAAUUGCCAGAACAACUCUAAUUUAGUAAAAACUCUUCGAUUUUUUUCGACAUUUUUUCCAGAGGUAGGUAUAUUUACCCUGAUUCCGGGAAACUAUUUUUUUUUCUUGGGGGACGGACCCGGGACCCCAGAUUUUUGACCCGAACAUCCUGGUUCAACACCCGACUUGGACCCGGAUCCACUUACCAAUAUAGGCAUCGUUUGAAAGCUUAUGAAAAUACCAGUCCGGGUUUUGCGGAUAAAAAGACCCAUAUCUCUGAACCCGAAAAAAGUAUUAGCACAAAUUGUAGCAUUUUAAAAAGGUAAGCUAUAAUUUGGCGUAAAUUUUGUUGACCCCCAUAGUAGGCCCUUUUUGGGGGUUUUAUAAAAAUACCGGGUCCAUCAUGUGACCACUUGUUGGAUAGGUAUUUUCAUAAGCUUUCCAACGGUACCUUUUUUACCUUUAUCGGGUAAUUGGAUCCGGGUCUAGUCGGGGUCUUGAACCCGGGCUUUGGGGUCAAAAAUCUGGGGUCCCGGGUCCGUCCCCCAAGAUAAAAAUAGUUUCCCGGGAUCAGGGUAAAAAUACCUACCACCGGAAAAUUUUUCGAAAAAAUUGAAGAGUUUUUACUAAACUAGAGUUAAGCCAGGAAAUCUCACAGCAACAACAGUAGCAAUAUUCAAAUACAACAACAGAUUUUUUUCUGAAAAUUAAAAAAGAAAGAGUAAAUUGAAAAAUUAAAAAAGUCCACACUUUUAACAACACACUUGUAAAGUUCUUAGAGGUACAAAGGUAAGUAAUAAACAAUUAGAAAUGUUUCAAAACAAGAAAGAAAGAGAAGAAAAAAACAAAACAAAAUACUCCCCCAAUAAAGAAGAAGAGAGUUAAGGGGGCAAUAUAUACCCUUUAGGCCCAAGAGGAGGGACCGAUAUUUUGAAAAUUUUUACAAAUUUUUUUUAGAGGAGGAGAUAUUUUGAUAUUUAAAAAAAAAAUUAGGGUUUUAAUAUUUUUUUAGAUCUGAGUUUUUUUUUUAAAUAUUAAUGAUAGUCCUGCUAAGUAAGUAUAAUUUUCAAUAAUUUGGAAAAAUGUUUCAACACAAUUUAUACUUUUUUCCAUAAAAACUUCAAGGACAUCCCUCUCUUUUUACAUCCCCGAAAAACUCUCUUUUUCUUUUUGAAAUCAAACAAGGUAAAACGUAGUUUUAAGGCAAAAAAAAAAAAAAAUAAAUAAAUAAUUACAUGUUUAAAUAACUGAAAAAAGAGGAAGGAUACAAAUCUUUUCCGAAGACAAAAACCAAGAAAAGAAUAUAACUCCAAACCAAAAAAGAAAAAAAAAACAAAAAAAAAAAAAAAACUCCCUAAAACUUAUUCAAUAUUUAUAUAAAUAGAAUUUCUUUUAAUUUAAGGUUUUAGGAAAUAAGAGAAAAUAAAAAAUGAACAGAAGAAAUAACUUAAAUAUAAAGGCAAACGCAACACACAGACAUACACCAUGAUCAUUGGCAAUAGGAUUUGUUUUCAUUUGCAAUAUUGAAAAAAUAAAUAAUAACAAAAAAAAAAAAAUAAAUAAAUAAAAAACCUCCCAACUUGUAGAUAUUGUACCUUAUAAAAAAUAAUAAUAAUAAAAAAUAUAUAAAUACAGAAAAAUCAAAAUGUCUUAAGAAGGAAAAAAAAAACCAAAA